AUGUUCAUCACUUCAAUGCAAGAAUACUACAACUGCUACAGUUUCAGCUUUUGCAACAAGGACGAGACUGAGGUCGGCAACAAAAUCAUUCUUCCCGCGACCGCGCUGACCUCGUUGAACUACCUGCACGUGCCUCUCCCGAUGACUUUCCAGCUGAGCAACCCCGAGAAGGGUCUGAUCACGCACUGCGGCGUGCUCGAGUUUUCCAGCGAUAAGAACGACGUUGCGUACGUGCCUUCUUGGAUGAUGCGAAACCUGUCGCUCGAGGAAGGCGGGCUGAUUUUGGUUUCGAACGUCUUUUUGCCGCAAGGCACGCAGAUCAAGAUCCAGCCGCAGCAGAAAGAGUUCAUCUUUUCGUGCGACGACCCGAAGACGAUUCUCGAGCUCUGUCUUAACCGCUACACGUGUCUUUCGCAGGGCGACGUGUUCCGCGUCGCGUACGGAGACCGCACCUUCGACAUCGCAGUGCUCGAGUGCAAGCCGGAACCCGCCAUCCGCAUCGUCGACGCGGAUAUCGCAGUGGACUUCGCGCCGCCCGCAGACUACGACGAGAUGCGCCAUGACAGCCGGCGAGUUUGA